AUGGAGCCUUCUGAAGAAACUGUUCAGAUUAACAAGGAUAACUUUUUAGAAGUUCCCAGUUUAUCCGAUUCGCUUUCCGAAGAUGAAGAAAUUAAAGAAACCCUCAAGCCCCGCUUCUCCCCUCUGCCAAGACGACGAGGCUCUGAUUCUUCUGAAUCAGAUUAUCCAUACCUGGAUACUCCUUCUUCAGGUUCACGGAGAGUUUCAUUUGCUGAUGCCCUUGGAUUCAAUCUUGUAUCUGUUAAAGAAUUUGACAGUUGGGACCCGUUGCCUGGAAUUUCAUCACAUUUUGACUUAAGGGAUGAUGUUUUCCACACAGAUGAGUAUAUUUUAUCUCCCCUGUUUGAUUUGCCUUCCUCAAAAGAAGUGCUGAUGCAGGAGCUACAGGUUCAGAAGGCAGUCCUAGAGUCAACCGAGUUCCUAACUGGGGCAACAACUAUGAAGGGCACUAUCCGAGUUUUGAAUGUUUCUUUUGAGAAGUCAGUGUAUGUUAGAAUGUCCUUAGAUGACUGGCAGACCCAUUAUGACAUUUUAGCUGAGUAUGUCCCCAAUUCUUGUGAUGGUGAAACAGAUCGAUUCUCCUUUAAGAUUUCAUUGGUUCCUCCUUAUCAAAAAGAUGGCGCCAGGAUUGAAUUUUGUAUACGCUACGAAACUUCUAUUGGCACAUUUUGGUCAAACAAUAAUGGCAAAAACUAUACAUUGAUCUGUCAAAAGAAGGAAAGGGAGCAAGAACCUGAAAAAUCACGGGAAGUAAUAACUAACAGACAGCUCAAAGGCUGCUUAAAGGUAAAAUCAAGCAAAGAGGAAUCAUUAGAAAUAUUAGAGGAGAAUAACUGUAAUAAUUCAAGGAUUACAGAUACCUCUCUCCCCACAAUUACUUUUUCUCAUGAGGAUAAAGAAGACAUUGGAGCCAGUAGUCAAAAUGUAAAAGAUGUAAACAGAAAAUAUGAUGAACACAGAGAAAAAGAAUUAGAGCUAAUGCUAAAUGAGUACUCAGUAAGAACUAGAAGUCCUUCUACCAAAGAUGAAAGCUCAUUUGCAACAGAGCCAGUUAAUUUUCCAAAUACAGCUGAAGAAUCUGAAAAUCAGCGAACCCUUGGUGAGGAAAGGGAAAACUUGCUAAGGAGGCCUUUGUCUUCCAGUUCAUCAGCAGAAAAUCCCUUAAGGGGAGAAUUAUACAGUAAUCCGAAGUAUUCCUUGAGAAAUGAAGUUAGUCACCAAUUGGCAGAGGGACUUACUUCAGGUCUAGCAAACAACAGCAAACCAACGGUGAGAUACACUGAUAGCGGUGAGACCUCGCCAUUACUUGGAAAUCUCCUCGUAAAGCAACAGGAUGAACAUUCUCACUUUUUGGAAGAAUCAGAAAGGCAAGGAAUAAAAUGGGUAGAUAUUUCAAAAAGAAAAACAGAGGGUGCAAUGGGAAAUGAGAUGAUGGAUAGAUUAUUCACCAGCCAGGAGGAUGCUCAUAGCUACAAAAAAGCCCAUGAAAAGACACUGGAAACAUUUUCUUCAGAGGAUAAUCCAUUAGUGCCAUUAAGCACCAGUGACAUGGAAGUUUUGGAUGAUAAUGCCAAUCCAGCAGGAGAGGGUCACAACCUGCAAAUAUCUUGUCCAACUGCAAAUUUGCCUUUGGCAGGCAAUGUUGAUCAAGGCAAAGAAGGAGAAAGAACCAAGGAAAUUAAAAUCAAAGACUGGGAAUGUCCAACAAGAGAGUCUCAUGCUUAUGUGCCUGCCCAUAUGAAUGUUUUCAAAGAAUGUCCAGUUACAGAAAAGAGAACUUCUAGAAAAGGACGUGGGAACAUUAAAGAAAAGGAGGCACAAAGAAUUAAGUUUGAUAUUAGUGAAAGGCAAAAUGAAAAUAUGUUGCCAAUCUCAAUUGACCACCAAGGGAGAAGACCUGAAAGAGGGGCUAACGAUAUGAGUCAAGUUAGUCAUAAAGCACUACAUGACCCUUGGAACAAAGUAAAUGAAAUGUCUGCUAGUUCUUAUGACUUGGCUUCCAGGGCUGAUAGAUCACAUUCUUUCAGAACUGAUUUAGGCAAACCCAAAGAUGUGUUUACAACUAACAGGAGUGGUCUAGUGGACUCAGAAGGCAACACUCCAGAAAGAAUACAUGGCCAAGUUUGCUUACCAGAAAAUGGAAACGCCUUGCAAUCCGACCUGAAUCUUCCCCAAGUUCAAAGAGAGAAAUCAGACAGGAAUAUUCCUGAUGAUCAGAAUAAGAUUGAAUGUGGAAAUCAAAGUUGGAAUGUUCUGGAAAGUCAGGUCAUUUUAAGAGAGAGUAAGACAAAUAGAACAGAACAGAUCAAGGAGCAAGCAGAUGGUAAAGACAUGUGGGAAAUAAGAGAUAAUACAAGGAGCCCGAAUGUUACUCCUACAGAAGAAUUGUUUACCUGCCAAGAAACAGUGAGAUGUGAACUGUCUUCUGUAGCUGAUCAUGGUAUUACCGAGAAAGCAGAAGCAGGUACAGCUUAUAUAAUUAAGACAACAUCAGAAAGUACUCUAGAAAGCAUGUCUGCUAGAGAAAAAGCAAUAAUUGCUAAGCUACCUCAAGAGACUUCUCUAAGUGACAGGCCCACUGAGGAAAAGGAAACAGCGUUUGAUCCACAUGAAGGGAGAAAUGAUGAUUCACAUUAUACCCUUUGUCAUCGGGAUUCAGUGGAUGUAAUCUAUGACAUUGACUUUGAAAAGAAAUCACAUUUAGGUAUUUAUAAUGUACACAUAGAUGAAAAACGAAAGGAAGAAACUAUGUCUCAGUGCAAUCCUGGGGAAAUACUUGACAGGGCAGAACAUGGCAUUAGAAAUAUUGCAACUGUAGGAGAAUCUCUGCAGGUCACUCCUGAGAAUGGAAAAGCCAGCUCAGAACUGGAUUUGUACUCGGCACAGUUACCUACUCUUCCAAAAAAUUUGAAGAAAAAUAUAUGCCACGCACAGUCCCAAGGACUCCCUCAGAAGAAUGCUGGUUUGGUUCCUCUUGCUCAUCAAAGUUUCCAUUCUGAAAGAAGCAUUUGUUCUCAGAAUAGCACUCCUGUUUCCACUCAUCUUAAUAAAAUUCAAUCCAAUGAGGAAACAUUCACUAUAGAGUAUCCAAUGGCUGCCAUGCCAUUCAAGCCCAUUUCUACUACAUCGGAAUGCAAAUGUGAUCUGCACAGUGAAGCCCAGUGUGUUGAGAAAAGUCUCCAUCCUGAGUCUGUACCUCAAGAAUAUAACAAGAGUUCAGUAAUAUUGACUUCCAGUGAUGGGAAAGAAAGGUUCAUAGCUGAAAAAUUCCAACAAGCAGAAAACAACAUGGUGAAAUCUUUAGGGCCAAUGAUUUUUAUCAGUGAACCUAAUGAGGAGGUGGAAGAGACAAGUUGUGAAACCGAAGAGUUAAUAAGCUAUGGACAAGAAUUAGGCUCCUCAAGUUUCAAGCUAGGUAGUUCUGACUCCUCCAUUCUCCCUGUCCAGGACAACCAGACUCUGGCCAGUGAGUCUCUGCUUUCAAAAUUUAACUCUAAAAUCCUCUAUUUUCUCUUGUUCCUUCUGUUUCUCUUAACAACCUACUAUUAUGACCUAAUGAUUGGCUUGGCAUUCUACCUUUUUUCAUUGUACUGGCUAUCUUGGGAAGGAGGGCGACCCCAAGAACCUGUCAAAAAGAAGUAA